UGUUCCCACACCGUGCAUUACAGGCAUGAAUCGGGAAGAACAUUACUACUCAGCCAGCCACCUUUACAAGGACUCCUGUGCCUAUCAGAGGCCACACAAUGAGGAGUACAGCCCAAGCCCGCCGCCGUGCCUUUACAUGACCAGGCAGACCCAAUCCGUCUACGCUUCUCCUGCCUUAGUCACCCAGGACCAACACCAUCUUCCUGAUAUCACGUCCUAUGUGCCCGGACGAGAAGACCUGGCAGUGUCUCAUCUGCCCCACUCACAAGCUCAACAGCUGCCCCUUCAAUCUUUCACGGGUUAUGGAGACUCUCUGGACCUGUGCUCUGAACGAAACAGGUGCCAUCUUCCUUUCCCUUGGAUGAAAUCGACAAAAUCUCACACGCAUGCUUGGAAAGGACAAUGGACAGGUCCGUACGCGGUGGAGCCCGAGGAGAACAAGCGCACGCGCACGGCCUACACGCGCGCGCAGCUGCUCGAGCUGGAGAAGGAGUUCCUCUUCAACAAGUACAUCUCGCGUCCGCGGCGCGUCGAGCUCGCCCUCACGCUUAGCCUUACCGAGCGCCACAUCAAGAUCUGGUUCCAGAACCGGCGCAUGAAGUGGAAGAAGGAGGAGGACAAGCGGAGAGCACGCGGGACGGAUCCCGAGCAAGACUCCUCCGUCACUUCCGGCGACCUCAGAGACGACGCGUGUGGCACGCACGCGGCACCGCCUUCACCUCUGCAGUCUCACACCGCGCCCUCGGUUCCGCGAGACCCCGCCUGA